UUCUGCCGGUUCCCACUAUGCCCCGCGCGGGUUCGGUGACCUCGGCUGUCCGUCUGUGUGUUGGGAUGUCCGUCAUGUUUAGGAAGGCUGUGCGAGGGUUUCUUGGGCCUAGGAACAGAUUAAGUCUUCAGCAACAGUUUGGGUUCAGAAGAGCACCUAAGAAAGAAGAUCCACAGACACUGAAGUCACAGCAGACCAAAGAAGUGGAAAGUUUUAGUGAGAAACAUGCAGACCAGAGUCUACAGAAGAGUGGACUGUCUCCUGAGCUCAACUAUCAGACAUUAACGUCUGUCUCUUACAGGAGACUGUUCAAACCAUUCUGCUUUGCUGUAGGGUUCAGCGGUGUGAGUUUUGUGGGUGCAUCCAUCUGGCAGUAUGAGAACCUUCGGCUGCUGACCCGCAGGCUGAUCGGACUGGACGGGGACUUCUUCAGGGACAGAAUACAUCCACCUAAGGCUGGGCAAUGGAGACGGGAGAUUAAUAAGUUUUGGCAAAAUCUAACAGAAGGACAGAAGGUUGUUUCAGUAAUUAUAGGUCUGAAUGGUUUAGUGUACCUCCUAUGGAGAAUACCUGGAACUCAGGCCACCAUGCUCAAGUAUUUCACAUCUAACAUCGCUUCAACUGCUAUCUGCCUGCCCAUGGUCCUGUCCACCUUUAGUCACUACUCCUUCCUGCACUACGCUGUCAACAUGUACGUCCUGUGGUCAUUCUCAACCAGCGCGGUCGCCAUACUGGGCAAGGAGCAGUUCACAGCCUUCUACCUCACGGCAGGAGUGGUGUCCAACCUGGCCAGUUAUGCAGCUAAAGUUGGGUUACAGAGGUUUGGACCUUCACUAGGGGCUUCAGGUGCCAUCAUGGGUGUCCUGGGUCUAGUGUGUACCCAGGUUCCAGAGGCACAGCUCGCGAUUGUCUUCUUCCCAUUUGUCACGUUUACAGCUGGGUCGGCGAUUAAGGUGAUCAUGGGCCUGGAUGCAGCAGGAGUUCUGCUGGGCUGGAAGUUCUUUGACCACGCCGCACAUCUGGGCGGAGCCUUGUGUGGCAUUUGGUACAUGCUGUAUGGACACAAACAGAUCUGGCAGAACAGAGAACCCAUCAUGAGGGCGUGGCACAAACUACGGGACCCCGCCCAGCCUCCACCUAAAUCAUGAACAUCCAAUGUCUGACAUAAUGUGGAGAUU